AUGUCUUCAGAGCCGAUUCUUAUAGUUGGUGCAGGUCUCGGUGGCCUUGCACUAGCACAAGCUUUACGCCGAAAGAACAUUCCAUUCCGCAUCUUUGAACGGGACGCACAAUAUGGGGUUCGCGAGCAAGGCUGGGCGAUUUCUCUACAUCCAUGGCUAAUAGCGGACCUCUGCUCAGGUGUGCGCGACGACGAAGCGGGACUUCGCCGUAUGACUCCAUCAGCACCGCUCGGUAUGCACUCUGAGGGUGUGAUCUACUCCCUAGAAAAAGAAACGCGAAAAGAACUGUUCCGAUUUGGGGAAGGUACGGACCAGCCUUUUGUGCGAGUUGAGAGGACGAAGCUUCGCGAUUGGCUAUUGCAGGAAGUAUCUGUAGAAUGGAACAAAAGAUUUCAGGGAUACGAACAGCAUCCAAAUGGAAUUACUGCACGAUUUGAAGAUGGCACUGAGGUCCAAGGAAGCGUUUUAGUUGGUGCAGACGGCAUUUCCAGCCAAGUGAGGCGUCAGCUAUUGAACAGUCAUGACGAGCCACAACGUUUGCCAAUCGGUAUUGUAGUGGGACAAGUCGAGGCCACCCAUGAACAGUAUCAGCGAUGGCUCAAACUUGGUACAAGUCUUUCCAUUGGAUUUACAGAUACACGAAGGCUAUUUGUUGGACUGAAGAGCGUAUCUAAAGAUCUACGCAAAGCUCAAUUUUACUGGAUGUUCGGCUGGGCCGAUAAGAAUGCCAAGAAAACCCCGUACUGGACCAAUAGUGCUUCUCAAAGCAAGCUGCACAAUUUUGUUAUGGAAAAUCUUCAUGGGCUCGACGCAGAGUACACUGAGCCCUUUCGUGCCACACCCGUUGAAGGAAUAUUACAGCCUCCUUUGCAAAUGCGCGAUAUGCUUCCUCCCACGCUCCCUAGAGGCAGAGUUACAUUAUUGGGCGAUGCUGUCCACCCAAUGGGCGGGAACAUGGCAAUAAAGGACGCCAUUGUCCUGGCCGAAACACUGGCUCAAACUACUACAUUCCAUGACACAGCGGAUAUACUGAAGCAGUACGAAAGCGAAAUGAGUGAGAGGGCAGGUAAGUCAGUCAUCACAAGUCGUGAAAACACAUUCAUGCACAAGUGUAUCUUCAACAAAUAG